AUUGUCGGUGUGCAGGUGUUGUAUAUUGGGAAGAUAGCGCGUCAAAUAAAUUGCAAAUUAACACAACCAUAAACAAUGGCAAGGACGUUGGAAAAUUUGCUUGGACCACAUGCACUUCGACAAAAUGGUGAAAAAGUGUCAAUUAGUUCUCUAUGUGGUAAAGAUCGUGUAAUAGGAAUUUAUGUGUCUGCCGGUUGGUGUCCCCCUUGCAAAGGAUUUACUCCAAAAUUGAUAGAUUUGUAUAAUAAGGUUAAGUCAAGUGAUCAAGGUAUCACAUUUGAAGUGGUGUUUGUUAGUUGGGAUAAGGAUGAAAGUUCAUUUACGGAAUACUUUAGUUCAAUGCCAUGGCUCGCAUUGCCUUUUGGAAAUGAACGAAAGGCAAAAUUAUGCAAAAAGUACCGAGUUCAAGGAAUUCCCAAGCUGGUUUUGGUGGAUGGGGAGACAGGCCAGACAAUUACACGAGAUGGAUACUCUCACCUGAUGGAGGAUGAAAAUGGUGCUGAGUUUCCAUGGCGACGGAAGAAGUUCUCCGAAAUUGUCAAUGGGAAACUUCUUAAAGAUGGAAAGGAGGUGGAAGCGAAUGAUGAACUGAAGGGAAAAAUUGUUGGGCUUUACUUUUCUGCCCACUGGUGUCCGCCAUGUCGAAUCUUCACUCCUGAACUGAUAAGAAUUUAUGAAAAGGUGAAAUCCAACGGCAAGAAGUUUGAGAUCGUGUUCAUUUCCUCAGAUCGUUCGGAAGACUCGUUUACCAGUUAUGCUAAUUCGAUGCCCUGGUUGGCCCUGCCGUUCGGGGAUACUAGAGCUCAGAUGCUGAAGAAUUUGUAUGAGGUUGAAGGAAUCCCUAUGUUGGUGAUGCUUGAUGAGACAGGAAAUGUGAUCACGCUAGAUGGGCGACUAGGCGUGCAGGAGGACAUUGACGGGCAGGAGUUUCCAUGGUACCCAAAACCAAUCAGUGAGUUGACAGAGGGGGCCGCCAUUACACUGAAUGAAGCUGCUUGUCUAGUUCUGUUUGUUGAGCCAGAAGAUGAGGAAGUGGACAAGGCUCGAGAUCUUCUCCUGCAGCCCGCAACUGAAGAGUACAACAAGGGAGAGCACCGUGACCUUUUCUUCUUCAUUGGAGCAGAUGAUGAAAUAUGUGAUCCUGUGCGAAAUUUUGCCAAUCUGCCUGACCAGACACCACUGUUGACGAUUCUCGAUUUCCCUGAGCAGAAGGUUUACGUCAGUGAGGAAAAGAAGAAUGUUACCACGGAAAUAGCGGCAAAAUUUGUACAGGACUAUUUAAAUGAAACGUUACCAUCGCAGCAAAUUAGAAAUAGCUAAAAAGUGGUUGUCAACAUUUACAAAAGUGCGGCUUGAUCAAGAUAUUAGCAGCAAGAUACAUUAACAACUGGAUUUUUUGUCUGAAGAGCUUGUUGAAACAGUCAGUUUUUACAGAGUCCUGUGGGUGUUAAGUUUGUAAUCUUAAAGAGCUUGACUUUCUGAAACACAUUUGUUCUCCAGCUAGAAAGCACCCAUGUUCGAUUUCGUGUGAAAAAAUGUUAAGACAUUACUAGUUUAGAAAGACAUACAGUGUAACCUUAUAGGACAUGAAUUUUUGAUGAAUUUUAUUUCUGAGGAAUAUGAAAAUCCUCUUUUGAUAUGUCACAAAGGUUGGAUUAGGUAAUUUUCUACUUAAACAUGUUUGAUAGGUGCAAGAGCUUAUUAUAUGCUUAAAGUGAUCUAAAGAGAUUUAUCAGUAAAAUAAAAAUGAUAUUUCACUGUUUCAAACUGUGAAAAUAUUUAUUUGAUAUUUUUCACUGUUUUGAAAGUUUAGCCCAUUCUACUAUCCAAAACAAACACCAACGCACACAGAGUUGGGUCACAAUAUCAACUACAUCAUUUCCGAAAUGAGGUUAUGUGCGCAUACAGCACGAUCUUACACUGAAACAAACGAUUAUCCUUCACAGAGUUGAUUUUAUUGGCUUAGGAAGGAAGGUCGAACUAUCUUGUUCUCACAGCCAGUGCCUGAGGACUUGUAUACAAGUUACUGCAGCUUAUAAGCAAUGGAGAUUUUGUUUAUCACACCAUUAUCUUAAAAGGUUUAUUUACACUCAGCACACAUUCAUGAGAUGUAUAAUAUCACACAAUGGGUGGUUUAUUCAGAACUUUUUAUAAGGUAACAACGUUGUUAAGGUCACUGUUUUUAACUUUCGAAUGUUAAUUUCUCGGGAACUAAAAUGGACAAAUUUUUUAUCUGUAGUAUUUCUCACAGCAUUCAAGUCACCUGUUUCAGCUGUGCAUGUUUUAUAUACAUAUAUUAGCAUGUUAAAAAAUAGUUCACAUUAAAAAUUGAAUGAGGAUGAUGUAACAACGUUGUAAACAUCAACAAAGUUUGAACUAUCUGCCCAUUAUGAUAAUAAGAAACUAAUUAACCAUGCUUUCAGGGUCAAAUGUUAUCACAUUUAUGAUUGAAUAUGUUAUAAACAACAUUGUUGUUAAAUUCUAAAUGUUAAAUAUUUGAUUUUGUGACGAUAUAUUUAGAUAUAAACCAGUAUAGCUGAAGUAGCUGUCUCAAAUUAUGUUAGAAAUACAGCAGAUCAAAAGUGUAUCCAUUGAACUUCAAGAGCAGUAAUGAUUUGAAAGUAAACAAUGAUGACUAACAAGUGUGUACUGAUAAAAAUAGUUCCUUAACAUACUGAGGAGAAAGGAAGCAGUACCUUUUUUUCAAGUGUUUCUUUAUUUUAGAAAGAUCAAGAAAGAACACUGUUUUCCUUGUAUUAUAUAGUUAUGGAAGAGACAUCCUUUAAGGCACAUAUAGCAGUCUCAAUCUUGUUGAGACUAUAAUCAAAUAGUCACAGUUUGUGCAUUCUUUUUUAUACGACAUUUUCAACCCAAUUUUUUUCAUGAAAAUAAACAUUCGCUUUACUACAAUUGUUGGAUCAUAUUGUAUUUUACAAAAAUGUACGCAUGUUUUUAUUUGAAUUUCGUUUCCAAGAUGAAUAUUGAAAAUCUUUGGUCUUUAGAUUUUUUAUUUGAAGAGUGUACAUCGUUUAAGUGAACAGUUAUAUGAUCACUAUGUGUUUAUGUUGUUAUGGUAUUUUUUCGAUAAUAAUUGUACUUUCUUUGUUUUAUGUCAACAUUUUUAUUAUUGGAAGUUAAUUUUCUUUUCGGUAGUUUACAGUUGAAAUAUUUUAUUCAUACUUUCAACAAAUAGAUCUUCUCAUUACGUAUUUUAUGAUUAUAGUGGUCUAGUAGUAUAGGUGUCCCUUUCAACCAAGAGGAGGCUUAUUUUUAAAUGGCCUCUUAAAAUGGGCAAAAGUACACGUUUCUACCCCAGAAAACGGACUUAAGAGUGAUUCUUUUUUGUUCCAAACAAGCUUAAAAUAUUGACAUAUUGUAACUUUCUUAUUUGAAAAUCAAAAAUUUGUAUUGUCCAAUGUUUGUCUAUUGUUUAUGCCAUUUGUGAUGUCAUUGUUUUGCCAUGGCCUUUGGGUUGUCAGCAAACUUGGUGGUGUGUUUAAACUUCUAAUGGUAGCUAUUUCUUCGAAACCAUCAAAAAUACUAACAUGAAACUUGGUAAACAUGUUCACUACAUCUACUAUGACUAUAUGCACACAUGAAGCAAAUCUCACACCAAUGGCUAAAACAAUUAUUAACUUAUCCCAUUUUACUGUCAGAGAAAAACAGGGGAGCAUUGUCCUUCUCCUUUGGAACUCUUGCUUUCUGCAUUGUGCAAUUGAAGUGGUGCUCUGUGCUUACUGUUACCAUGGCAAAUUAUGCUUGUUUCAUUCGGAUGCUUUAUCCGUUUUUGAAAACUGUCGGUAUGGUUAAAUGUUUAAGUGUGGCAGUUAUAUUUUACAUUAUUUUUUGGGCCUAAUUCUAGUUAAGCAUACAAUUUGGUAUGGUAGUUUUACACAAAUAUCAAUAUGUUUUUAUCUGGUUUUCAUGUUUACAUUGCAUCUUCUAGUGUUGUUCUGUUUUGGAUAAAAACAGAUGUUGUUAAGAUCUGAGUGUGGUAUGUGUAUAUAUAUAUAUAUAUAUAUAUAUAUAUAUAUACAGUCGAAACUCGUUGGCUCGAUAUCUCAUGGCUCGAUAUCCUCGUUGGCUCGAACCAAAUUAAAAGGACCGAUUUUUAUUUACUCUUUGUUCAUAUAAAUUUCGAUCGGAUGGCUCGAUAUCUUGAGGGUCGAUAUUUCUCCACGCUCAAAGUCAUUUUCGCGGUCCCAAACAAGAAUUUUACACUUUGAUUUGAUUGCUUGGGUCGAUGUCAUUUUCGCGAGUUCAGUUAAGAAUCUCACACCUUGAUUUGUUUGAUUGGCUUCAUUUAGCACAAGGCGCUUAUCGAUUAAAAUUGCUUGACUGAUAUUAUAUUUAUUAUCGAAUUUAAAUGGUUUAACAGUUUGAAUAAACAUGCCAUCACUUUAAGUUCUGUCUCUAAUUGUUAUCCAUCCCUAAAUUACUAUAUAAAUAAGACUUUAUGUAACAAAUGAAAAAAUAACAUUCUGUAAGCAAUCCCGCUUGGCUCGAUAUUCUCGAGGCUCGAAGUACUUUGGCCGGUCCCUAGAAUAUCGAGCCAUCGAGUUUCGACUGUAUAUAUAUAUAUAUAUAUAUAUAUAUAUAUAUAUAUAUAUAUAUAUAUAUUUAUAUAAAUAUUAAGUAAUAGUUGGUAAUUAAUUAUUUGCUCAACUAAACUAUUAAGACCUAAGUUGUCGUUAGUCACAACCCCACUGUUGACUUAUUUGAGCAAAAGUCGUUACCGUCUUAGACUUGGUGUGAAUGUUUCCAUACUUACGCAUGCCCUAACUGCUAAAUCAACCCACAAAAGAAAAUCAGUUAAUGUCAAAACAUUUAUUUGGCAAUGUAUUUCAUCAGAACCCCUCUAAAUAAUUAAAUCUGAAACCAUUUAGAGAACCCAUUGCUAGAUAUUUUAGCAAAAUACAUUUAAGGAGAUAAUGCAAUUUUACUUUUUCUUAUGCCCCCGUUUCAGAACUGGUAUUAGCUAGAAUGAUUUUGUUUUUCAUUUCAAUAUUAAUAUUAUGAUAUAUAGCAUGUUAUAGCAUGAUAAUUUUUUAUAUUACAACAUCAUAUGACAAACUGUUUCCAAUCUUUAAUUAGACAGAUCAAUGUGGCGUUUCUAAAGUGAUUUUCCCAGGGUUAUUUUGUAGUCAUAUGAUAAAACUGUUUCCAGUCUAUAAAUAGACAGGUCAAUAUGACAGUUUAUUUGGUCUCUGAAAAUUGUGCUUUUUCCAAUCACGGACAAUUUAUUUAUAGAUCAAUUUUAUGUAAUAAUCUAUUUUACAAGUGAGUAUAUAUGCUAUAUAUGUUCGAUCAUUCUGUAUUUUGUUUGAAUUGCCUCCACCUCCUUGUACAAUAAUAUCAUUGUUCACCAAUUUUGCCUAUGCAUUUUGCCUUUUAAAUAACAUGUAUUAGCUGAAUUUAGCUUUUAUGAAAAUACACGUAUUGAUGUAUUGUUCAUUUUUUACUGGUGUUCAUUUUAUAUAGUGUUUUUGUUUGAUUUUAUACACAAGGUCAACAUCUAUUGAUGUAUAUUUUAUUUGUUAUGCAAUAACAACACACUUUUUUAGUUUGUUACUUGAUAUAUUUCAUACUGCUUUCAAAGUAAUGAAUUAAAUUUAUA